GAUACGGAAUUUGCAUCAACGCUUUGUGACAUAGCCCCGCAACUAGAAGGAACUGCCAGGGUCGUGGGGCAAGGUCGCGGACAGGCUCUUCGAUGUGGAGCAAAAAACUGAGCUCUACCUGUGAAACAUAAGCAACUACUAGGAACAGUCUAAAUAAGAAGGGGCCGCUGGCCCCGCGUCACCGCUUUCAGGAGCAGCUUGUUUCUAUAGGCGCCUGCUGACCCGGAGCGGACAAGAUGGCGAACGUCACAUACGACAUUAUGUGGCGGGAGGCCAUGAUGGAGCUGCUCGAUCAGCUGGAGGCGGAAAACCCUGAGGACCCGGCGCUGGCGCCCAAGGACCUAUCGGAGUGGGCGUGCAUCUACAUCAAGUACCUGCAGAUUAUGCGAAAGCUGGAGACGGCGUACGACCAAAUGGUGCACCCGCAGAAGCGCCAGGACAUGCGGAAAGCGCUGGAGGCGUGCAUAGGCCGCAUGCUAGAAAUCCGGCACUGGAUGGUCAAGCUGAACCGCGGCCUGGACUUCAUCAACCUGGACGACAUCCUGGUGGACCUCAAGCUGGGACCGGAGGUGCUGGAGGUGCCUGUGCCCAAGUACUUCAUUGAGGACCGCGCCAAGGAGCUGGACGACCGGGACAAGUUCCUGGAGGCGCUGAUUGAGAAGUACAACGUCAAGGGGCCGGCCGCCAGCCCCAUCAUCCGCAUCGGGGCGCCGCUGGGCGAGGACGAGGCCAUCCUCAUGAUCCAGAAGAACGAGCGGGGGCGGCAGGCCCGGGAGCGCGCCCGGCUGGCCGCCAUCACCAAGCGUCAGCGGCAGAUCGAGGACCGGCGCGUUCGGCUGGGCGUGACGCUGAGUCACGAGGAGGCGGCGCGCAAGAUCCAGGCCGCCAUCCGCGGCUUCCUGUGGCGGCGCCGCAUCAAGAAGGAGGCGGACAAGGAGCUCAUGUUCAUUGGCAUGAAGCCCAAGCCGCGCGACCCCAAGCGCGACCCCCAGAUGGGCGAGGCCAAGAACCUGAUGCGGCGCAAGCGCGUGCAGCUGGAGCACGGCCGCGAGUACGACGAGGCCAUUGUGAACCUCAAGGGCAAGGUCCGCGAGCUGGAGGGGCAGGACAUGCGAGAGACCAUCCAGGACAAGGUGAACGCCUGGUUUGUUGAGAAGCGCAACCCCGACACGGGCGAGUACCCCGACUUCCCCGACCCCGACGACGGCGGCAGCAGGGCCAUCCUCAACCCGCCGCCGCCCAGCCUGGCCAGCCUGCUGGAGGACGCGGCGGGGGACGGCAAGGGCAAGGGCAAGGACGGCAAGGGCGACGCCAAGAAGGACGCCAAGAAGGACCCCAAGAAGGACAAGAAGGGCGGCGGCGACGAGCCGCAGGCGGAGGAGCAGAAGAUCGGCGCGGUGUUCAUUCCGGCCAUUGAGGCCGCCGUGCAGGAGUUCGUGGCCAAGUGGCAGGACCGUGACGAGGCUGACAACUUCCACCAGAAGUACGACGCCGAACUGGUCAAGGACGAGCUGCGGCCCAUCGUGUUCGAGGAGAUCCGCCUGCAGGUGGACGGCGAGAUGCGUGUGCUUCUGCAGAACCUCAAGGACCUGGUGGAGGCGGAGCGGGCCGCCAAGCUGGGCAAGAAGGGCAAGAAGAAAAAGGGCAAGAAGAAGGGCAAGAAGAAGGGCAAGAAGGACAAGAAGAAGGGCAAGAAGAAGAAGGACCCCACGGCCGACCGCUCCAUCGAGUCGCUGUUCGCCGAGCUGGUGUCCAACGGCAUCCUGCAGCAGUGCCCGCACGUGCACGUGCGCGACUACCUGGGCUCCAGCUCCUUCAUGGCCGCCACACUGGAGAAGGCCAACAUCAUACCCGACCCCUCCAUGGCGCAGGUCCGCCAGGCCCUGACCGAGUACGCCAUCCUGCCGCUGGGCAGCCAGUUCAUCCACGAGCGGGCGCCCCACACCAAGAGCCUGCUGCUGUACGGCGCCGAGAAGACCGGCAAGACGCUCAUGGCGCAGUCCAUCGCCAACCUCAGCGGCUCCAACUUUUUCGACAUCUCGCCCCGCAAUACGGACGGCAAGUACCCCGGCAAGAACGUGGGCAUGAUGGUUCACAUGGUGUUCAAGGUGGCCCGCACCAUGGCGCCCUCCGUCGUCUACAUCGACGAGGCCGAGAAGGUUUUCCUCACAGACAAGAAGAAGCUCAAGGAGUUUGGAAGCCAGGAGCCCUUCAGCCGCAUCAAGAAGGAGCUGCUGAAGGAGGCCAAGACGCUGGCGCCCGGCGAGCGCGUGCUGGUGCUGGGAAACAGCCGGGAGCCAUACCUGUGCGCCAAGAAGGACGAGAAGGCGUUCAUGGGCUUCUGGUCCAAGCACGUGUUUAUGCCGCUGCCCGACUACGCCUCGCGCCGCAUCGUGUGGCCCGGCCUCUUCGAGCGGCACCAGGGCCGGCUGACGUACGAGUUCGAUCUGUCCACGCUGGCGCACAUCAGCGACGGCUACUCCGCCGGCCAGCUGGACAUGGCCGUACACAGCCUGCUCACCAAGCGCCGCAUCGAGCGCCUGCGCGCCGCGCCCGUGGACAUCCCCGAGAUACUGCAGUGGCUGUGCAAGGUGGAGCCGGUGAGUCGCGAGGUGGACGAGGCGCUGCGCAAGUUCAUGGACAAAACGCCCGCCAUGGCAGUGCUCAAGGGCGGCGGCAAGCCCGGCACGGCUGGCAGCAAGCCCGGCACGGCGGACAAGAAGAAGAAGGGUGGCAAGAAGAAGUGAGCGAGGCACGUAGACGAUGAGGAAGAGGUGUGGGCAGAGGCGCCAGAGGAGGAGGGAGAUUUGGUGUUCGGGGAUGGUGGAUGCCGGUGUGUUUGGGGAGGCGGCUGCUCUCUGUGUAAGGGCAAGUCAGGGCUGUGAGUGGCCAUGUGGGGAUGUGUGUCAUUGUUGUGAUGGAAGCAGGUCCGCGUGCGCGGUCUGGUGUAGUCAGCCCGCGUGCCGACUGGGGCGGUGGUGAGCUGGAUUGGGUGGGGCGUGCGGCGUGCGACGUGGGGCGUGCAACAGCGUUGAAGCUAGACAGUGGAACAACUGUGUGUGCACUGUACAUGUGUAACUGCAGGAGUUUGUGCAGUGAUUGGUCGUGCGGCGCGUGAGGUAACUGUAUGCGUGUGUUUGGUGGAGGGGGAGGUGUCCCGCAGCAUGGAUGUGUCAAUAUUGGGCUGGUGGACAGGACCUGCGGGUGUGUGCGAGCUUGCGGAUAAGCCAGCAGAGUGAAGCUCUGCGCCACUUCGGGAGAGCUUUGUGAGGCCGUGGAUCUUAUGUACAUGUAACAACUCCAAAUG